AAGAAGAAGAAGAAGAAUGUUCUAGAGAAACAAGAUCAGAGGGAGCAAUAGGCAUCCUUGCCAGAAGCCUGUAGGCUAGCUACCUGCCUACCACAGUCUUUUGUGUUUCUAUUUCUUCCAUCUGAAAACAGGGCAAGUUCAUUUUGUCCUGAAAGUGACUGUGCUUGUCUUCAGCAAGCCAUGUGGCUCUACCUGGUGGCCUUUGUGGGCCUUUAUCACCUUCUGCGUUGGUACCGUGAGAGGCAGGUGGUAAGCCAUCUCGAAGACAAGUAUGUCUUCAUCACGGGCUGUGACUCGGGCUUUGGGAACCUGCUGGCCAGACAGCUGGACAGGAGAGGCAUGAGGGUGCUGGCUGCAUGUCUGACGGAAACGGGAGCCGAGCAGCUGAGGAGCAAGACGUCAGACCGGCUGGAGACAGUGGUGCUUGAUGUCACCAAGACAGAGAGUAUUGUGGCAGCCACCCAGUGGGUGAAGGAGCGUGUUGGGAACAGAGGUCUGUGGGGUCUGGUCAACAAUGCUGGCAUUGCCGGUUCCUCAACUCCCAGUGAGUGGCUGAACAAACAGGACUUUGUAAAGGUGCUGGAUGUGAACCUGCUGGGCUUGAUCGAUGUGACUCUGAACAUGCUGCCCUUAGUGAGAAAGGCGAGGGGCCGUGUGGUCAACGUUGCCAGUGUCAUGGGCCGAGUGUCUACUUUUGGUGGUGGCUACUGCAUCUCGAAGUAUGGUGUGGAGGCCUUCUCAGACUCCCUCAGGAGGGAGCUCUCCUGUUUUGGGGUGAAGGUGGCUAUUAUAGAGCCUGGAGCCUUCAAGACUGGUGUGACCAAUAGUGAGAGGCUAUCGUUAAAUGCCAGGAUGACUUGGGACCAGACCAGCUCUGAAGUCAAAGAGGCCUAUGGCGAGAAGUUUUUGAUAUCCUAUCUGAAAUGGCUAAAUAUAUUGGAGCAUAUCAGCCAAGAGGACCUGUCUGUGGUGACGGACUGCAUGGAGCAUGCGCUGACGGCCUGUCACCCUCGCACCCGGUACUCAGCAGGCUGGGACGCCAAGCUCUUCUACCUCCCCAUGAGCUACCUGCCCACCUCUCUUGUGGAUGCCGUAGUCUACUGGACUGCUCCAAAGCCUGCCAGGGCUCUGUAAACCCUACACCUAUGUGCACAGUUGGGGAG